AAUGAUUGAAUUGGACUUUCAUAAAAAAAAAAAAUAAAUAAGACAAAUACUAUAAAUAAAUGACUGUUUGUGUUUAAUCAGAGGGACAAGUCUUCAUGGUAGGGCCACAGGUCACUUUAGAUAAAAUCCCUCGACUUGACACGACAAAUUCAUCUGUGGACAUUGAUCUCAUUGGGAUCGCCAAGAACAACAAUGAAACAAGAUCAGCUGCUGUGGCGUUCAUGAGCUACAACACGAUGGAGAACCUACUGAAGCCAGACUUCUUCAACACAUCGAAUAAGACGGUUAAAACCAUGAUGUCCACUGUGAUCUCAGCUACUCUUCCCAAAACCAGAAACACUAAACUGACCGAGCCAGUCAACUUCACGCUCAAACACAUCAGAGAGUUUGAUCCCAGCGGUUCUCUGUCCUGUGUGUACUGGAAUAUCAGCGAGUGGAUUGUAGAUGGUUGUGUUGUUUUAAAGACCAACGGCAGUUAUACUGUGUGUUCCUGUGAUCAUCUGUCGACGUUCGCUCUCAUCAUGCAAACCAGCCAGCCGCCGGCGAGCGACCCACUUCUGGAGUUGUUGAAUUUGGUGUGUGUGUUUGUGGGGCUGGUGUUCUUCAGUUUGGCCCUGUUGACCUUUGCCCUUUGUCACUGGAGUCCUGGAGUGAAUAAUGUGGCUCGAAUCAAUAUCUGCAUCAGUCUUCUGUUGGCUCACCUUCUGCUUCUGCUUACACAGCAGUUCCUGAGCAUCAUACAGCAUCAGAAGGUGUUGUGUGCCGUCAUCUCAGGCCUUCUGCACUUCCUCUUUCUCUCCGGCUUUGUGUGGAUGUUCAUCGAAGCUGUGCUUCUCUUCAUCUGUGUGAAGAACCUAUCACAGAUCAGCUUCAAAAAGAGCGAGGUGCUUAGCAGUGGAUUCCUGUGUGUGAUUGGAUAUGUGGUUGCUCUGGUUGUGGUGUGUGUGUCUGUCGGUCUGGUUCCUGAAGGCUACGGCAGCGAACACUGCUGGCUUAAAAUGGAAAAAAACUUCAUCUGGAGUUUUCUUGGUCCUGUUUGCUUCAUACUAGCAUUAAACAUGAUUCUCUUCAUCAAGAUCCUCAUCACUCUGAACUCAGCUCUAAAAAAUCUCAACGCUGAAGUCUCACAGAUGAAACAAACCAAGAUCUUGGUGUUUAAAACACUGGCUCAGUUUGUGGUUCUCGGUUGCUCCUGGAUUCUUGGUUUCUUCACUAAUGACAGUAAGGUCCUGGAGAUCCUCUUCCUGAUCUUGAACUCGCAGCAGGGAACCUUCAUCUUCCUGAUCUACGGCGUUCUCAAUAAUGAGAUCAUGCAGCAGUACAGGAAGUUCUUAAGAUGUCUUUGCUGCAUCAGACAGCACUGAAGGCUACAGAAUCAUGUUCAGGAAGUAAAAGUUUUGCUAAAAUGCCGUUAUUAUACAAGUGAUGCCAUACUUACAGUAAAAUACAUAAUCAAUGUUUUGGAUGUUAACUGUAGUCUCUGCUCCUUUCUGUAAUUGGUAAACAAACAUUUUUACCAGUCUUUUGAUAUUACUACUUGAAAUACUAUGAAUGUAGAACGUAUACAUCCCAUUUUCUUGGUGGUUUGUGAAAAACAUAUUUGUACAGUCUUUACAGACUCAAAAUGUUAGGCUUAAGCUGAAAAAAACAAAAUUAUGAAUUUUAUGAGACUAACACUAAUUUUUGGUUUAUUGAGCUUUCUUCUGCAAGGACACUUUCUAUGUUACUUUUAAUAUUCAAAUGGCAAAAUGAAUGUUCAGGUCAGUCUCACAGGUUUUAUAGGUGUGUUGGAUUUACCUUAAAAAUAAACUAUUACAAUCACUAAAUGAACA